UUGCCGAAACGGAAAAAGUUACAGAAGUCCUCGUUUGGUCCGAAACACUGCAAGAAGCUAUCAGGUGAGGUUAUGGCUCUCCUUGCUGCUUGUGAUCCCUGUGGCGGCUGCAUUCCUUGUAUCUUCAAGAAGAAAGAGUGGUUCCAUACAAACACCGCCAGGGGAUCGAGGCUGGCCCAUUCGUGGCGAGACAAUACAACUUCUGCGAGGCACAGCUGAGGAUUUCGUUCUCCAGCGUCGCAAGAGAUUGCUCGGGAACAUCUCUGGCAGCAUCGAUGCGUUCUCCGGCGCCGCCAGGGGCUUGCGGUAGGAGAGGAUUCGAAGAACGAGAAAAUGGAGGAAGAGGGCUAUUGGGAGGCGAAAAAAAGAAUAUAUCCAUCUCCUGGAAUCAAUCUUUAUCAUUGAGCUCAGCUAUUGGUCGAUGAGAGUCUGCUCGGACAUUGCUGCUGCUUAGCCUGAAAAUCGAGCAGGCAAAACCAGGUUCUUCAAAUGAGAUAGGUACCUUGAGUUGUUUCCCAGCAAUAUUUGUCGAAUAUUCUAGCUAAGCAAAAGUUAUUUACUCACCCAAAAGGUAAACAUGCAUAACCGACCGUCCGAUCACGGCAUAUGUAAAUUUUAAGAACUAUCGUUUACCCUAAUGGCGGGGAAGCGCAAGCGCAGCGCCGAUACUGGUAAGGGAAGGAAAGGAAAUCCAUUCGAUGUGCCAGAAAGCUCGUACCACAUUGGGGUGUUGCGGGCAGUGGAGCCCUUUGUCACGAUCUGGGAGACGGAGGGCUCGCUGCAAGCACUGGGCACAAAGAACAAAUUCUUUGGCGGCUUGAUAGCCAAAGACACGAUGGAUACCGUCGUAAGCCUCCUGUGGGAGCGCCUCGCAGUGGUGGAAAGCGUCUACGCCAAGCAGAGAACCGAGGGGAACAUGCGGCCGUGGCAUCUCGCCCUUGUUGAGAUGUUCUACUGGAUGUCCACCCCCUCCGAAACGGAGCUUCGAGAUCUUAAGGAAAGGCUCCGAAUGCGUGGUGACAUGAAUGGGCUGCAAACGGUCCAGCACUUGCAGCAGCUUGACGACGACGCUCUCCAAGGCUUUGCUGUGGAGAUUGGCAUCAUGGAUAGUUCCAGCUUUUCUACGGGAUCUGAGAGGGAAGGAGUUACCGAGGCGAACGAGGAUGAGCUUGGUUUGCCGGAGCACGCGAGGACGGACAUCAAGUUCAGGACACACAAGCCUUGCGUUUUCAAAGAUCCAAAGCUAUCCAAGAGGAAGAAGGGCCAACUGAAGGCCGAGCUGUGCCCCUUCAUCGCUGAGUGUAAGGCAAAUGAAUCCGACCAAGCAGUCUUUCAGAAUGUUGGGUAUGGCCGAGUCGAAGUUCGGCACAACAUUGCCCAUGGCCACUACGACCCAGUUUACCUUCCUAUCUUUGGUGGCUCCUCUUACACGUAUGGUGUUCUAGACGUGCAUGGCCUCGUGGAAGUCUCCGAAAACACAAUCUCGCUAGCCUCGUAUCUUCGCUAUACCGAACAUUGCGAGGAGAAAGGAGUAGAGCCCAAGAGCGAAUCGGAUUUGAUCAAGUCCCUUGACGAUGGAAUCGCAGAACUGGAACUUUGGAAUGAUUAUCAUCCCAAGCGAUAUCCCACGAACAAAUACCUUGUGGGGGACUUCUAUAUCGCUGAAAAGUGGUACCCCUUACCAACUGGGAACUUUAUCACCAACGACGACUCUUAGCAUGGCCUCCAUAAAGAAAUGAGACUCCGGACGCGAAUAGCUGGAGUUCCAUCAUGGCGGCCUAACGAUGCCAGAAGAGCAUUUUGGAGACGGAAAGCCUUCAUCAAGUUGCAAGGCCGUGUGAGUGGGGCUCCUGAAGUGGAGGAAGAACUAAGUCACCUGCCUAAUGAGAAGCUGCAGGCUCGUAUGCAGCGCUUAUUGGCUGAGAUGGUGAGACGUAUCUAGGGAACCUACAAAACUGAAAUAACCUAGCAUAUAAGCAAUAUAUCAAACUAUAUGUGAAACUAGUAGAUAAACUAUGAACUACUAUAUAAAAUAACUGUUAUAAACUACA